AUGAAGCAAGCAGCCACCAAUCUUUUGGCUCUUGCCUCUACAGCUUACGCUGCUGCCAGCUCCCCCGCUGGUACCAAGAGUGGUUGCUACUGGAACACUGAUGCUGGACAAUUCAACACUCGUUUUGGCCACGACUUCAGUAUUGAUCUGUAUGGUACUGUGGAGAACUUGAUUCCCAGCACCUACACUGUCAACCAGGGUGUCAAUCCUCUUGCCCGUCGUUUCGACAUUGCCAACAUUGGUUUUGACGGUGUUGAGAAAGCCCUGACACUCACUGUUCCUGGUGGCCAGUCGAAUGGCCCCAUCUCUGUCGCUCAACUCGCAACUAGCUACAGCGACAUCCUCUACGGCUCUGUCCGCACCGUAGCCAAGAUCUCCAACGUUCCCGGCACCACCCACGGCUUCAUCUUCUACGCCAAUGACACCCAAGAAGUCGAUUUUGCGUUCUUGACUUCCGAUACUUCCAAGGCUUGGCUCACCAAUGAGCAAGUUACUUAUACCUCUCCUUACUCUACUUACAGCGUUGCUGCUCCUGGAGAUGCUAGCUCUGCUUACCAUGAGUACAGACUUGAUUGGCUCUCUGGAGUCAGCAAGUUCUAUAUUGAUGGUGUUUUGGUGCAGACAAUUACCGAUAACGCACCGAGUACUCCUGGAAGCUGGAUUUGGAACAACUGGUCGAACGGAAAUGCUUGGGCUCAAGGACCGCCUCUUUCCGACAGUGUGCUGAAGAUCCGCAGUAUCGACGGCUACUUCAACCGCACUACUGUUGCA